CAGCCGCCCACCUCUCUGUGUCUUUCUACCUUUCUCUCUAUCUCACACUGCUCAUUGAUACCCAUACCCAUACACGCACGCCAUGGCCUUCACCACGACCGCAACCAUUGCCUCCUUCGGCGGCAAGCUGCUCAAGCUCACGCACGAAGCCUCCUCGACCAACUGCAAGAUGGGCCUGAACCUGUACCUCCCGCCGCAGGCCUUCUCGCAGCAGAAGAUGACGCAGAAGGUGCCCGUGCUGUUUUAUCUCUCUGGCUUGACUUGCACUGGCGAUAACUGCUCUGAGAAGGGCUUCUUCCAGCACAAGGCUAGCGAGAAGGGCAUCGCCGUCGUGUACCCGGACACUUCGCCGCGCGGCCUCGGCAUUGCCGGCGAAGACGACGCGUACGACUUCGGCAGCGGGGCGGGCUUCUACGUCAACGCGACCAAGGAGCCCUACUCCAAGGGCUACAACAUGUACACGUACAUCACGGAGGAGCUGCCGAAGGCGCUGUUUUCCGAGUUUGAGCAGCUCGACGGCAGCAGGGUCUCCAUCACCGGGCACAGCAUGGGCGGCCACGGCGCCCUGACCCUCUUCCUCAAGAACCCCGGCAUGUACAAGUCGUGCUCGGCGUUCGCGCCCAUCGCUAACCCGAUUAACUGCCCCUGGGGCCAGAAGGCGUUCAAGGGCUAUUUUGGCGAGGAGAACCAGGCCAAGUGGAAGGAGCACGAUGCCAGCGAGCUGGUCAAGCAGUGGAAGGGCCCGCUGCACCUGCUGAUCGACGUGCCCCAGGGCACCGGCGACAACUUCUACAAGCAGGGCCAGCUGCUGCCGGAGAACUUCAUGGCUGCGGCCAAGGAGGCCGGCAACGACAAGGAUAUCCGUCUGCGCUUGCAGCAGGACUACGAUCACAGCUACUACUUUAUGGCUACGUUUGCGGAUGACCAUGUCGAGCAUGCCGCGAAGGCGCUGUUUGCUUAG